GUUUGUCCCCAUCGUCGCCGCCGCCCGGUCUCGAUCCACCUCGGGAUCCCCUUCUCCUUGUUUUCCUCCACCCACCAACAGGAGCCCGAGCUCCGUCUCCCCAGCCCCGAGCACUCGAUCAACCUCGUCGGUGCCUCCUCCUCCAAAUCCGAUCGGGAGAGGAGCUCCCGAUCUGAAGCUUCCUUGCGCCCGCGGUCCAGCGCGCCCGUGCACAAGGCCUCGCCUCUUCCUCCUCUGCCCGACGCCUACCGUCCCUGCCAUGGAUUUGGAGCUUGCCUCCUCGCGCCCAUCCUCGCCUGAUUCUGCAGCAACCUCGCCGGAGACCAGCGCCGCUCCACCUCUUCCCCAACGCCGGAUCUCCUCCCCCGCACCUCGUUCUCCCCUUCCUCUCUCUGCCUUCUUUCUCUUCCCUAUUCUCAAACUCUCUCCCUGUCCUGUUUUGAACAGGGAAACAAAGGAGGCGCCAUGGCCUGAGCUCGGCCUCGAGGUCCCGUCGCCGUCUUCUGCAGCUGCUGCUCGGCUGCCUUGCCCUCUGGUAGCCGGCACCCCUCGCCGAAGCAGGAGCAUCCCGCCGCGCCAUGAAGCUCGAUGCCCGCCGCCGGUCAUGUUCCUCGCCAGGAACCGCGACCUCCGUCUCCGCCCGUUUCCCUGUCGGCUGCCGGGGAACUCAGCACUGCUGCCUCCCCUGCGCUGCUUCUCGUGCCCGAGCUCAUCAAGUCCGGCCGUCGGAGAUCCCUCGCAUCAAGCUGCUGCCGCUUCGAUCUCGCGCCACUGCGCCUUCGCCAAGCCCCGCCAUCGCGCCCUGCUUCCUCUGCUUUGAGCAGACGAACAAGAUGCAGGCUCGUCCCCACCGAGCGCCCCUCUCGUUGACUAAGUCGUGCGAGAGGGCUGGAUUGCCUACGCACGUGGGCCGGCCGCGCUGCUUCCCUGCCGGCCCAGCCGCUUCCUCACCGACCUGGGCUUGGCCCAUGGUGAGAGCCCAGCCCAGCACCCAGCUAUUCGCCCGUAAUGUUUUUUUUCCUGGCCAGCGAUUUUAGCAUUUAUCCUGAGAUAACAGAUUUACAGAAAAACCCUCAACAUUCAUGCAAUUAAUAACUCAUGAACCGUGCAUCAUAUUAAAAAGUUUUAUACAUGUAAAAUGCUUAGAAUUCUUUCUAGUUU